GGCAUUGCGACUAGAGGGAAAGAACAUCACAAUGAUGCCAGUGGGGACAUGGUGGCACAGGGCGGGAUUUUUCGCAGUUUUAUGCAGAAACGACCCUGUUCUUGGCAUUAAUGUUUGGGACAAUUGGGAUCGUGAAUAUUUUGGUGCUGUUUUAAGUGACAUCUUCUAUGACAGCUUUAGCCUAUGCGAAGACCUGCUUAUUCCAGAGCGGCCAUUGGAUCGUCAAGAAAUUCGUUUGGGAGAGAAGAAGAUUUACAGAUUGGAGCAAUUGAGAAGCUUGUCAUCAUACGAAGUUAAAAUUUCGUAUCCAGCUACGUUUCCGGUGUCGUUCUACAUUGAGCUGGUGGACGACGAACGAUCACAAGUUCGCACGGGGAGGAGGUUGCUAAACACAGAAAAGCUUGAGUUUUCAACACCAGAAAAUGUCGAAGAAUUUUCUCAGCAUUCAAGGAUUGCAAUUGAGGUUGACUGGCACGGGAUCACGUGGAAGCAGAAUGUAACGCUAGGCCAAAUCGUUUACAAUAUCCAUCUUGGAAGAGUUUUCAAUGGGGUCCCAAUUGAGAGCUUUCCUCACAUUGCAGCUGUUCUUGCAUUGGUUUGUUUCUUUGUGUUGGCUACCCUUCGUAAUGAGCUAACAUGGCCGUUUUCUUUCUUGAUAUCGAAUGCCCGAGAUGAAAAUUUCAAAAGGCAAGAUUGAUGGCAGUCCCGAGAGUUUCGCAAACUUGAAUUAUCAGUUCAUUGUUCGUUUGCCCCUCUGUUGAUCCUCUCUUAUCUUGGAACCAAGUUUUCAAUAUCCACUAUUUCUUCCGAGCUUUCUUCAUGAAUUUUGCAGUUGAGUUUUGAAGGGCAUUUUUCUACAAGAAUGUCAGAUUCCGCUAAAUCAGCAAUUGAAAAAGAUGCAACUUACGGCAAUCGCCCUGAGCCGGACAAUUUGCUUCAAUGUAGUCUACUACAGCAAUAGGAGUUGCUGCUUCCUUCAACAAAUUACAAGGAAGAGGAAAAUUCCCGAGAUAUUCAGGACCUGCGAAAUCUCUUUGAUGAAAGAGCUAACAAUGCUUUCGGACGGGAUAUCCCGGCGUGUUUCAAAGUAUCUGUGGAGAUCUUCAUCCCUCGAUGGAGGAUGCGAGAUUGCACAGACCUAAGCAAAUUGAGGUAUCAGCUGACAUUCUCACGGCAGAUUGAAUCACUUUUUGAGACACAUGCAAGACCAUGCGUAGAAGCCUCUCCUUGUGUUUUGAGUUGCAUGUUUCAGAUGUUUCGCAAUGGUCAAUGGCGGCAAAUAGUUGCUGCAAUUCAAAUAGAAAUCAAACAAGCAAGAUCGUCAUUGAUAAUGAAUGGACCGGACCUUCUUC